UUUUAUUGAGCUUUAUAUAAUAAUUAUUAGAAUUAUGUCCCACAAACCUACAGUCGCCCCUGCUCUCGCAGACGAGGCCACCAGGGCACAAAGCAUCAACUUCGAAAUCGAUGUUGGAGAAAGUUUCAGGAAACAUAACCCUGACUUUUGUGCUGCUUACGGUAAAACACCAAUGACUCGUGAUUAUGCAGAAAAUGGCAAGGCAGCUCGCUUUUAUAGACAGAACGAAGCCUCUCUGGCUCACGGGUACCCAGCCACUUUGCUCUUGCAAGGAGGACUGCUCUACGCCACUGCCUUCUACACAGCCAGAGCCCAGGGUCUGCCAAACCCGCAUUUGUUCUUCAAAUCUCACUGGUUCGACUGGAUCCAGUUCUUCAAGAGAGGCGCAGCCAUCGGAGUCUUCGGAGGUCUUGUCUUGGGAACAGUUUUGUUCGGAGACACCGAAAUUUCGCUCAGGAGGAUCCGCAGUCGCUACAAUAGGCUGAAGUAUGUGGAAAGAUAUGAGGCAACCGAAGGCCAGCCGAUCCCAUUCACGAAUAAAUAAUAUGGAUGCAAGAGUGUUGGCCGUUUAUUGUGAAUUAUUAUGCCG